UGCUGGGGACAGGAAGAACAAAACAGUUCUGGACCCAAGAAGCUCACAGCGUGGUGGAGGAAGUGAGAAGUAAAUGGAUAAUUAAGAUACAGUGUUGAAGGUCCUAAAAUAGAGGCGUGCACAAGAUACAGGAAAGUGGAGUGCGAGUCGGGAAAAGCCGGGGACCUGGACAGAAUCCGCUGGUGAGCGCGUGCCCGGGAGGCAAGAGGGCGCCUGCCGGUGGUUGAUGCGUCCGGGACGUGCGACCACUACAGAGCCCAGCAGGUGGAAUUGGGCCAUUUGCUGAAGCUUCUUUCCCUGGUAACCCAGGGAGAAAUUUGCAUUUUGACUUUUUCUUACCAUGGCUUUAGUUCACAAAUUGUUGAAUAGCACUUAUAUUCUCAGAAAAUGCCUGAAGCCAAGGGUUGCCUCCUGUCCAUUUUUGAAUACUCGCUUUGCAGACUUUUGUUCCAGUAGUCUUCAGAAACCAGUGGCUAGUCCCGGCACAGCUUCCUCUCAGAGGAACACUGCAGGGGGUUUGCAAGGACAUCACCAGAGUGAAGUUGCUUUGGAUAUAACUUCUCCUGAGGAGAAGCCUGAAGUUAGUUUUGAUAAAGCAAUUAAAGAUGAAAUAAAGGAACAUUUUAGGCGUUUGAAGGAUGAUAUUGUGAAUCAUUGGAUAGGGCCUGAAGGCCGCCCCCUGCAUGAGGUCUUGCUAGAACAAGCCAAGGUUGUCUGGCAGUUUCGUGGGAAAGAAGAUUUGGAUAAGUGGAUAGUGACAUCGGAUAAAACAAUUGGAGGAAGAAGUGAAGUGUUCCUGAAAAUGGGCAAGAAUAACCAAAGUGCACUGCUGUAUGGAACUCUGAGCUCUGAGGCGCCUCAUGAUGGAGAGAGUGGUCGCAGUGGGUACUGUGCAAUGAUAUCUAGGAUUCGAAGGGGCCCUUUUGAGAGAAAAAAGUCUUAUGAUUGGUCCCAGUUCAACACUUUGUAUCUCCGUGUCCGAGGAGAUGGUCGGCCUUGGAUGGUGAAUAUCAGUGAGGACACGGAUAUAAUCCAGAGGAAGAAUCAGAUGUACAGUUAUUUCAUGUUCACCCGUGGGGGGCCCUACUGGCAGGAGAUCAAGAUUCCUUUCUCCAAAUUUUUCUUUUCUAAUCAAGGAAGAAUCCGGGAUGCUCAGUACCAGCUUCUCCUUGACAAGAUCUCUUCUAUCGGAUUUACCCUAGCUGAUAAAGUAGAUGGUCCAUUCUUCCUGGAAAUAGAUUUUAUUGGAGUGUUUACUGAUCCAGCCCACACAGAAGAAUUUGCCUACGAAAAUUCUCCAGUGCUUAACCCAAGACUUUUUAAAUAGAGAUCAUGUGGUAAUUUUGUAAUACUAAACCAAGGGGAGUAGUAUGCAUGAUGACACAGAAGCAAAAUAAAAUAUUUCUUUAAUGGCAUCCAA